UGGAUGGAACCACGUGACAAACGCCGGUCUUUGCCGGUCCCCUUCAGCUGCAGUCUGAGCUACUGCAUCAUACGGUUGCUUCGUUUCCACGAUCUGCCCAGCCAUGGCCGGAAUAUCAUGGCACUAUGUUCUCAAAUUCAUCAUUACUGGUGACGCCGCAGUGGGCAAGUCGUCGCUGCUCGUCCGGCUCACUGACCAGCGAUUUUUGGCAAAUCCGGAUCCAACGCUAGGAGUCGAAUUUGGGUCGAAACUCAUUACAUUACCAGAAGAGAACAAAGUGAUUAAGCUUCAAUGCUGGGACACCGCUGGUACGGAGUCAUUUCGGUCAAUUACGCGUUCAUAUUAUCGCGGCGCCGCUGGAUGUCUCUUAGUCUAUGACGUGACAUCUCGGAAAAGCUUCAAAAAUGCACGGUCAUGGCUCGCCGACGUGCGCGAGCAUGCCGAUCCUCAUCUAACAUGCAUACUUGUUGGCAAUAAAGUAGACCUUUGUGAGGCAGAUGGACCAUCAAGCGAUACAGACACGAUUAGAUCCUCAUUUGCUGCACCUCGACGGCAAGUACCGACGGCUGAGGCUGAACAGUGGGCGCAGGAGGAGGGCUUACUCUUUGUCGAGGCUAGUGCCAAGUCGGGUCAGAAUGUGGAAGUUGCUUUCGAGCAGGCAGCGAAGAAUAUUCUAGACAAGAUCAAGAAGGGCGUUUUUGAUGAUGACCGGUCGCCGGGUGUUAAACUGUCGAAACCCAACAACAGUCUCACUCUAGAGCAAGGACCGGGUAGAUCAACCACUUGCUGUUCAUGAUACCCACGACUUUAAUGCCUUCAUGGUUUUAUCUUAUAUGUAUCGUUUGGUUUCGUGUUGUAUGUAGUAUUGUAAGUUUUCCAAUCUUCUCUCGGUGGAAGGUCCUUACCUUUUUGCCUUUUGCAGAGUAUAGACCACUUUCUUUCUGUAAUCGCAAUUUAACAAUAAACCUGACUAUCGGAGCAACACACCAUGUAUUUUCAUCGAGGCUAGAGUGUCAUAUCGGCCUUUCCUUUGU